AUGGCUCCGAAAAGAAAGCGAUCAGAUGAUGAUGACGGGGCGACAGCGCAGAACAAGCGAUUUGCAUACCUCAAACCUCGUGUCCGUCACAUUUCGCAGCGUACGAUCAAGUCUAAAUGGACCACUCUUCCGGAGCCAGUCCAGGAGAAGGUCCGCGAGAUGUUCCGAUCACUAGAGCGCCCCGUCAUCGUGCGACAUCGCGAUGAGCGCAAACGAAUUGAGGCCCAGACAGCAGUCGCUGCAGUCGUGAAAAAGUACGUUCCAAUGGCGCAUACUAUCCUGCAAAUGGAGAGGAUGAUAUUGGGUUGCUUUUACUGUCUACAUGGCGAAUUUGAAGCUGAUUUCUUCGCGAUCUUUUUUAGUCUUGGGCGACGGCUGCCUCGAAUGCCAUUUCCCCCUGUUACAAAGGAUACCAAUUUCGACUACGAAUCCUUACUUCACGAGCAUCGGUCCUUAGAGGCACAAUUAUCCACAACGACAAACGGCAUUGACCUCUUGAAAAUGGAAAUCGCGAAGGAGGAGGCAUUGCUAGCAAAGGAGACGAAACAACUGGAAGAAAUGGAGAAGAAUGCGAAAAGGGCGGAGGCAGAACGGAAGAGGCAGAUGAAAAAUGAACAUCCUGUCCUCCGGCAUAUCGACAGUUUACCACAACAUCAAGCAGGAUCGUCCGCCCCUUUUUCAGUUAUAGACGGCCAGGAUGGUGACACGGCACUUUGUGAUGUUAAACCUGACCCGGAGCUUCUAUCAUUGGUAACGCAACUGAACGGGCACCUCCAGUCGAUGCAGAACAACGUCACUCCAUUUGUUGGACUAAAGGACGCAAUCAUACAAGCCCAGGUGGCUUUGGAUCUGGUAUCCAUGCCUGCGGAAUGA